AUGUCUGAAUCUCAUUCUAUUGUGGGUAAGGUUGUCGAAUGCGGCUCGGCAGCCAUCUCACACUUUUUGGCACUUUCGCUGGCACAGCAGGUGUCUAUUGUGGUAGCUACCCCAUUCAUUUACAAUUUAGUAUGGCAAUUACUUUACUCUUUCAGAAGUGAUAGACCUCCUAUGGUUUUUCACUGGAUUCCAUGGUUUGGUAGUGCAAUUCCCUAUGGUACCAGACCAUACGAGUUCUUUGCAGAAUGUCAGGCUAAAUAUGGUGACAUUUUCUCGUUCGUUUUGCUGGGCAAAGUUAUGACCGUUUAUUUGGGUACCAAGGGCCACGAGUUUGUGUUUAAUGCUAAGCUAGCUGAUGUCUCUGCUGAGGCAGCAUACACACAUUUGACCACUCCUGUGUUUGGUAAAGGUGUUAUUUAUGAUUGUCCAAAUAGCCGUUUGAUGGAGCAGAAGAAGUUCUGUAAAGGGGCUCUAUCGAAGGAGGCUUUCCAAAGUUAUGUGCCAUUGAUGGUCGAAGAAGUUUACAAGUAUUUCAGAACUUCUCCUAAUUUCAACAUGAACGAAAAGAGCUCUGGAAAGAUUGACGUUAUGGUUACUCAACCAGAGAUGACUAUCUUUACUGCUUCUAGAACUUUGUUGGGUAAGGAGAUGAGAGAUAAAUUGGAUACUGGAUUUGCAUACUUAUUUGGUGAUUUGGAUAAAGGUUUCAUUCCAGUCAACUUUGUUUUCCCAAACUUGCCUUUGGCUGUUAAUAAGAAGAGAGAUGAGGCCCAGAGAACUAUUUCCUCCACUUACAUCUCUUUGAUCGAAGAAAGACGUAAGAACAACGAUAUUCAGGACAGAGAUUUGAUCGAUUCGCUAAUGAAGAACUCUACUUAUAAGGAUGGUGUCAAGAUGACUGAUCAGGAAAUUGCUAACUUGUUGAUUGGUGUUUUGAUGGGUGGCCAGCAUACAUCCGCUGCUACUUCUGCUUGGGCUUUGCUACAUUUGGCUGAGAGACCGGAUGUUCAACAAGAGCUAUACGAUGAACAAAUGCGCGUUCUGGACAACGGUAAGAAGGAAGUGACUUACGACUUGUUGCAACAAAUGCCUAAAUUGAAUCAAAUGAUCAAAGAGACUUUGAGAUUACAUCAUCCAUUACAUUCUUUAUUCCGUAAAGUUAUGAGAGACAUUCAAGUUCCAAACACAUCUUACGUUGUUCCAAAGAACUAUCACGUUCUUGUUUCCCCAGGUUACUGUCAUUUGCAAGACAAAUACUUCCCUAAUGCUCAUACGUUUGAUCUACAUCGUUGGGAUGAUGAUCCAGCUUCUUCCUCUUCCGGUGGUGAACAAGUUGACUAUGGUUUUGGUGCUAUUUCCAAGGGUGUUUCUUCUCCAUAUUUGCCAUUCGGUGGUGGUAGACAUAGAUGUAUUGGUGAACAUUUUGCAUUCUUGCAACUGGGUGUUUUGAUGUCUAUCUUCAUUAGAACCAUCAAAUGGCGCUUCCCUGAGGGCAAGACAGUCCCACAACCUGAUUUCCAAAGUAUGGUUACUUUGCCAAUCGGUCCAGCUGAAGUCGUUUGGGGAAAGAGAAACCCUGAGCAAAAGAUUUAA